AUGGGCUCAAUGUCAGAAGUGACAUUGAUUCCUUGGGAUCCACUGUCCGAGCCUCAUCGAAAUCUGCUCCUCAAACAGCGAGUGGAAUGCUCUUGGGAUAUGGAGAUGGUCCAAGAGAUAUGGAGAGAUGCACAGAUUAGAGGUGAGAAGUGCAUCUAUUGGAUUGUCUUCUCCACUAAUGAUGUGGGGGAGGAACGCGAGAAGCUGGCGGACACGGCCGUGUCCAUUAAUGCAGCAGCACGCCAACCAACACAGACAGACUUUAUCCCAAUUGGGCAUAUCUCCUUAGACUCGAAGAACAAGCAGGCCGAAAAAGUGGACUUGGAAAUUCCGGCCGAGAAAGUCUUCUGGAUCAAAACCUUCUUUAUAAUACAUAAACUCCAGGGCAAGGGAAUUGGGCGAGCAGCCAUGGAUGAAAUUGAAAGAAUCGCUGUUCAAGAGCCUCUAAACGCCAAGACUUUGAUGCUGGACACUGUCGAGAGAGGAGAUCAAUUGAGAGAGGAGUUUGCUAAGGCUACCUAUGGAGGCGUCCCGAAGAUUACCAAUCAGGAUUGGUAUAGUAGACGGGGCUAUAGAUCCCUUAAGAUUGUGCAGAAUUACUAUGAUGUCAAGGAUAAGAAUGGGAAGAAGUGGGAUACUAAGACCAUAUUUAUGCGGAAAGACCUUCAAUGA